AUGUCACUUACACUCAAGAUUCAAAUCGUUAGAGAUAAACAAGUUAAGGCAAUGAAGUUCUCGCCAACACAAACUGUCGCUGAAGUUUGCGCACAAGUACGUGAGAAAAUUAAUGAAACUUCAGGUGAUGAUCAUGGUUUAUUCCAACCCGGUAUUGACGCUAAAAGACCAUCAAGAUGGUUGAAAAUGGAUAAAACCUUACAAUUUUAUGAUUUAAAAAUUAAUGAUGAAUUAGAUUAUAAAAAGAAACAUAGACCAUUAAAAGUUCGUUUAAUGGAUGAAACUGUAAAGACAAUGUUGGUUGAUGAUAGUUUAACAGCAGGUGAAAUUUUAGAGAUUAUAGGUAAAAGAAUUGGUAUUAAAAAUUAUGAAGAGUUUUCAUUACAAACUGAAGGAGCAGCAGCAGGAGAAUGGAUUAAUCAUGCACAACCACUCCAUGAACAAGGUGUACCAGAUGAUGCCGUAGUUUUAUUGAAAAAGAAAUUCUUUGUUGAUGAUUUCAAUGUCAAUCGUGAUGAUCCAAUUCAAUUGCAUUUGGUUUACGUUCAAUCUCGUGAUGCAAUUAUCUCUGGUUCACAUCCAUGUUCCUAUGAGGAAGCCGUUCAAUUUGGUGCUCUCCAAUGUCAAAUUCAAUUGGGUAAUCAUAAUCCAAAUCUUCAUAAACCAGGUUACUUAAAGAUCAAAGAAUACUUCCCACCAUCAUUCCACAAAAAGAAAGAUGCUGAAAAAGAUAUCUACAAAGAAUUUAGAAAACUCACUGGUAUGUCUGAAUCAAAUUCAAAAUUCAGAUAUGUUCAAUUAUGUCGUUCUUUAAAAACUUAUGGUAUUACUUUCUUUUUAACAAAAGAAAGAGUUAAAGGUCAAAAGAAACCAGUACCAAAAUUAUUAGGUAUUACAAGAGAUUCAAUUUUACGUUUAGAUGCAGAGACUAAAGAAGUUGAACAUGAAUAUCCAUUGAAUCAUUUACGUAGAUGGGCUGCAUCACCACAAUCAUUUACAUUGGAUUUCGGUGAUUAUGAAGAUGAUUACGUUAGUGUUAUCACAACUGAAGGUGAAGCCAUUUCACAAUUGUUAAGUGGUUACAUUGAAAUCUUGAUGAAGAAAAGAAAGGAUACUGGUACCGUUAUCGAUGAGAAUGAAACUGAUAUUGCCAACGUUGAGAGUGUAGGUAGAAUUCGUGGUCAAACCUCUCAAGCUACAACAAGUUCAUCAUUGAGUGGUUAUGAUGGUAAUGGUGGUCGUGAAGGUCAAUACUCUGCUCCAGGUCAAGCCAUUGGUUAUAGAGGUGGUUUGGGUGGUCCAUUAUCAAUUAAAGUCACCAAUAUCGACAGUGCUUCCGCUGCCGUUGCAAAUCUUCUCAAUGAGAUGGAACUUGAUCCAAACGCUGUCAUUGGUCAAAAGAGUUCACUUACCCCUCAACAAUGGAGACAACAAUUGGCAAUUCAUGCCAAGGCCGUUGCCGCCGCCGCUGGUAAACUCUUGGGUAACCUCAACAAUCCAAAUGGUAUGGACAAGAAUCAAAUGGAUUCAAAUGCUCGUGAUGUCGCUUUAACUAUCGAUCAAUUGGUACAUGCUGCUCGUGCCGCUUCAAUUGCUUCAGGCGAAGAUCCAGAUGGUGAAAUGCCAUUAUUUGAUGGUGCAAAAGCUGUCGCUGAAUCAAUUAGUAAACUCUUAAAAGCCACCAAAGAUCUCUCAUCAAAUCCAAAUGAUGAGAAUGCUCGUAACCUCAUUGCUCAAGCCGCUGAUCAAUUGAAAUUGAUGACCUCUUAUUUGGAUGGUGCUUGCAAUGGUGUCAUCACUGAUUCCGGUACAUUAAGACUCUUGAUGGAAGCUGGUAAAGCCAUCGCUAUCGCCACUCAAGAUUUAGUUAAUCAAGCAAAUGUCGCCAUUCAAGAUAUCAAUGAUCCAAUCAGAAAGAAUCAACUCAACAUGGCAAUUGAUGAAACCAUGAAAGCUGGUAUUCAUGCUUCUGCAGUCUCUCAAGCUUUGGCUGCCACUAUCUUGGAUCCAAAUUGCAGACAACAAUUUAACACUGCCGCUAAAACCGCUCAAGAUACCAAUAACUACCUCUUAAGUGCCGCUAAAGCCGCUCAAAUGGAUCCAGCUCUCUUGGAGAAACUUCGUGCCUCUGCUAAAUCAAUCGCUGAAGCUUACGCUAGUCUAAUUCAAUCCGCUGAUUUGGCUCAACCAAAAUCUGGUGAUGAUGUUGAAUUCACUUCUGCCUCAAAAACCAUCUUAUCAGCUGCCGCUCAAUUAUUGGGUUCUCAAGGUAAAUCCGAUAAUAUCAUGCAACAAGCUAAAGUCAUUGAAGAGGCUAUGGGUCAUUUAAUCGCUGGUGCUCGUAGAGCCGCCUUGAAAACUGAUGAUCCAGGUGUAAGAGAUCGUCUCAUUCAAUGUUCAAAAGCAGUUGCUGAAGCCGUCAGAAAUUUAAUGGAAAUCGCUCAAGAUAGUGCAGAUAAUCCAGAGGAUAAAGUUUUGUUUGCCAAAUUACAAGAAUCAUCAAAGAGAGUCGCCACUGCCGUUAAACAAUUGGUUGGUGAUGCUGGUAAGGAAAGUGCAUUCCAAUUACUUCGUACCAAUGCAAAAUUGGCUUGUGCUGCCACAACUGGUCUUAUGAAUACAAGUAGACAAUCCAUGUUACAAGGACAUCUCUCUGAUCAAGAAUCUAAUAAAUUAUUGUUGGCUUGUGUUCAAGCUGGUCCAGCCAUUACCAAUCUCUUAAAUUCAAUUACAAGUAGUCAAAAAGCACCAAAUGAUCUUCCUGCUCAAAAUCAAUUAAUCGAGGUUGCCAGAGUUAGUGCACCAAUCGCUUAUCAAGUUGUUGCCGUUGCUAAAGGUGCAAUUCCACAUUUUACAGAUCAACAUUCCAAACAAGAGGUAUCAAACUCUUCAAACACAGCCUCUGAUGCCAUUAGAGCUCUAUUGGAUGCCAUUGGUGAUUUAACAUCUGCCGUUGGUCAACAAGAAUUUGAUGAUGCCUUGGAUACCGUUCAAGCCUUAGAAGCCGAUAUGGAAUCAAGCACUAUGUUGGUACAAGCUGGUACUACUCAUCAAAUUCCAGGUCAAACUAGAGAGAAUGCUUUGGAAUUAUUAAACGUUGCCGCUAGAGCAUUGGGUUCAUCCGCUAAACAAGUAUUACUUCAAUAUAAAACCUCACCAGAGAAAUUGGGUGAAACUUCAAAGGAUUUAGCUACCUCUGUCUCACAAGUUACCAAUGCUGCCAAGAGUGUUUGUUUCACCACUCAAAAUCGUUCCGUUCAAAAAGCUGUAUUGGGUGCUGCCAAACAAAUCACUACCGAAUCAACUAAUCUUGUAAGUUGUGCUCGUGCCGUUAGUUCAAAUCCAGGUGAUCCAUCAUUAGAGUCUGCUUUACAAUCAUCAGUUAAAGCCAUCGCCGAAGCAUUGGCCAACUUGUUAACCACAUCCAAAGGUGGUGAUCCAGGUGGUAAAGAUUUGGAUGAUGCCAUUGAAGCCAUCAAAAAUGAUACCAAGCGUAUCAACAAUCCACCAGUUAAUUUAGGUGGUGAAGGUGGUGUAAACUCUGAGAAAGCAAUCUCAUCAAGUAAAGCAUUGGUUGGUGCUGUUAGUCAAGUCGCAGCCAACGCUAGAAGUAAUCCAUCAGCAUUGGGUGCUUCUGCUCGUACCACAUCAACCACUUUCACUUUAUUGGUCGAUACUAUUAAUCUUUGUACAGGUACCAUUGUAAAUAAACAAUUGGCAAUUGAAAUUGUUAAAGGUGGUCAAUUAUUAGGUAUUGAAACCAUUAAAUUACUCCAAGCAAGUAGAUUUGCCGCUAGUAGACCAGGUGAAGGUGAAGGUGAAUUAAAUCAAACACAACAAUCCGUUUCAAACACUGUCAAACAAUUAAUUUAUAAUAUUCAAAGUUCAGUACCAGGUCAAGCUGAAAUCGCCGAUGCUCUUGAAAUUGUUAAACAAGCUAUUAUCGCUUUGAACUCAAGUGAAAGUUCAGGUAGUCGUCCAAAUGCAUUGGAAUCACUCACUCAGGCCGCUAAAAACUUGGCUGAUUAUACCGCUCAAGUCGUUCAAUCCAAAGGUAACUCUGAGAAAAUGGGUACUCAAUGUAAGAGUGCAUCUGAAUCAUUGAAGGAUGUUGUCGAGUAUACUAAAGCAUCACUUUCAACCGCUGAAGGUCAUCCAGAUUCAAUUAAAACUCUUGCCUCUAAAGUCGAUGAUUCAAGCAAUGCCCUCUUCAACUCUUGUAAAAAGACUGGUCAAUUAUCAGAUCAAGACAAAAAGAAUGCCGCCCUCGAUGCAAAGAAUUUGGCUUUAUCUGUACCAAAUUUAAUGGGUGCCGCAAAGAAAAUCUCUGCUUCACUCGUUCAAUCAAAUCCAGAGAAAUCCAAAGAUAUCCUUUUGGUUGCUCAAAAUAUUACCAUUGCCACUAGUAAAUUGGUAAACAUCGCUAAAUCAGUUGCAAGUGGUCAAUCUCAAGCUGAUGUUUCUCAAUUGGCAGCCACCAAGAAAGAGGUUUCCGAGUUGAUUAGUAAACUCUUAAAUGCUACCAAUGGUCAUGAUCAAGAUGCCACAACCAUCUCUAUUGAUUUGGAUUCAUUGUCAAAGAGUGAACAAGCUCUUUUGGAUGCCUCAAGAUCCACCGCUAACUACAUGUCACAAUUUAUGGCAAUUGGUAAAACCAUUUCAACCGGUACUAAAGAUCCAAAUGUUCAUCAACAAUUUAGUGGUGCCGCUCAAAAUGUUUCAUCUGGUGUUCAACAAUUGUUAAGUGCUAUCAAUGGUAUGAAACCAGAGCAAAAGGAUUUGGAUGAGUCUAUUGAAAUCAUUCAAAAUGCCGUUGUCGAUUUAGAUUCUGCAACUUUGAAUGCUGCCAUUGGUUUACUUGAAAACACUGCACCAGUCGGUAAAACCGCCCAAGUUUGUCAAGAGGAAUUGGUUGAUAUCAGUAGAGAAUUGGCUACCUCAAUGAAAACUUUCUUGGCUGCACCAAAACAAGAUCCAACCAAUUUAGGUCAAUCAGCUAAAGAUACUGCAAACAUUCUUCCAAAGAUUGUAAAUAUCAGCAAACAAUUAGCCUCACUCACCACCAAUCCUGAUAUUAAACAAACUCAAUUACUCUUGAGUAAGAAAUUGGCUGACAAUAUGUUAGAGUUAAUGAUUAGUGCCAAGAGUGGUGAUGUUAGUGAUAGUAAACAAGCAUUCAAUGCCUCUCAAUCAAUCGCUGAUAUUUUAACCUCUGUCAAGGGUGGUGUUAUGCAAUCUCGUGAUUGUGAUGAAUCCAUUCAAAUUAUUGGUAAAUCUAAAGAAAACCUUCAAAAACCAGCCAAUGAUACUCAUGGUAAGACCUAUCAACAAUAUCGUGAUGAAAUGACUGAAAUCGCUAAACAAUUGGCUUUGGGUGUAUCACAAUUAGCAAAUUCUGCCAAAUCAAAACCAGAGGAAAUCGGUUCAUCUUCAUUAAAAAUCGCUUCCAUCAUCCCACGUUUAGCUGAAACUGCUCGUUCAACUGCUGCCGCCACUAAUGAUGUUGCUGCCAAGAAGAAAUUAAUCGAUUCUACAACCGGUAUCAUUGAUGCAACUUCAAACAUUAUCUCUGAUGCUAAAUUAGCUUCUGCCGAUCAUAAAAACACUCAACUCCAACAAAAGAUUUCAAACAAUUUCAAAGAUAUCACUACCCAAAUUGCAAAUCUUAUUGCUGCCUUAAGAGCUGGUGCUACCGCUGAUCGUGAUAUUGAAAACGCUUGUAAUGAAGUUAAUCAUGUCACCACUGAUUUAGAUGCCGCUUCAUUGUUUGCCGCUGCUGGUCAAAUUGAUAUCGAUACCGAUGGUCAUACCACUCAAAACAUUCAAGAACAAGUUGGUAAAUUGGCUCAAGAUCUUAAAGACUCAAAGAAUCAAUUGGCUGAAGCAAGUGGUAAAACCAUUGAAGAUGUUGGUACAUCCGCUAAAGCUACCGCUAGUAUCAAUCAAAAAUUGGCUCAUGCUACCAAAGUUUGUGCUGCUCUCACAAGUGAUUCUACCACCCAACAAAACUUAUUAAGUGCUGCUAGAACCGUUAGUAGUAAUCUUCAACAAACCAUUAGUGCCUCAAAGAAUGCUCAAAAGAAUCCAAACGCUGGUAACAAAGCCAUCUUGGAUAAAUCAUCACAAGAGUUGGAGGAAUCAAUUGAUAGUUUAGCAAACUUGGUUCAAUCAUCAACCACAACCAAAGGUAUUUCAGAGUUGGAAGGUGUAUCAAGUGAAAUUCGUAAACAAUUGGCUGCUUAUGAUAGUGCAACCGCCAAUGUCAAUGCAAAUGCCACCGCUGAAGAUGUCGUUAACUCUGCCAAGAAUUUAGCUGAAUCCAUUGCUUACCUCGUUUCAAGUUGUAACAAUUCACCAGAGGAUAUCGCCGAAGCUUCCAAAGGUACAACCUUGGCCAUUAAGAGUUUAUUAGCCAAUGCCAAAGGUGCCUCUGUUUUAACUGAUGAUGCUGUCAUUCAACAAAAUGUUACUGAAUCCGCUAAAGCCGCCGCUCAAACUGUUUUGAAAUUAAUUCAAGCCGCCAAACAACAACGUAAUGAUCCAUCAAAUCCAGCCCAUCAAAAUAAAUUAUCAGAGAUUUCAUCAGAGGUCGUUGAAUCCAUUAGCACUUGCGUAAAUGCUGCUGAAGAUUUACCAGAGGGUAAGAGAGCCAAGCUAUUAUUUGCAGCUGGUGAAUCACUCGAAGAAACCGCUGAAAAAGAAUUGAAAGCUGCUGCUGCCAUCAUUGAAGAAGCCACUGCCGCUUUACUCAAUGCCAAGAAAAAGAGAGAACAAAAUCGUAUUGCUUCAGGUAUUGAUGAGGCUGGUAUUGAUGAAUCCAUCCUCGAAGCUGCUAGAGCAAUCACAUCAGCAACUGGUGUUUUGGUUCAAUGUGCUACCAAUGUCCAACAUGAAUUGGUUUUAGCCGGUAAAGUAGGUAACAAAGGUAACAUGUAUCGUCGUGAUCCAACAUGGGCUCGUGGUUUAAUAUCUGCCGCUCAAGCAGUAGCUGGAUCUGUCCAAGGUUUAGUACAUAGUGCCAACUCUUCAAGCCAAGGUAAAGUUGAUGAGGAGCAAUUGGUCGCUUCAGCCAAAGGUGUCGCAGCAGCAACUGCACGUCUCGUAACUGCAAGCAGAGCAAAGGCUGACUUGAACUCUGCUUCCAAUUCACAAUUGGCUCAAGCCGCUAAACAAGUUUCAAAUGCCACAGCUGCAUUGGUAGAAGCCGCCAAACAAGUCAAUGAAGAACCAGAGGUUGAAUUCGAUACUACUAACUUAUCAAACGCCCAAAUCAUCUCCAAGGAAAUGGAUCAACAAAUUCAAAUCUUGAAAUUAAAGAAAGAACUCGAACAAGCCGAAAAGAAAUUAUUCUCAAUCAGAAAGAAAGAGUACAGUGAUCAAACUGGUAAUCCAUCACCAGCAAAAGACUCUGAUAAUAAACCAACCACUUCAAUCUCUGUUGGUAUCACACCAACCAAGAGAACAACUCAAGCUUCACCACCAUCACCACCAUUAACUCCAACUCAACAAGCCGCUGGCACCCCAACUUUACCACCAAGACCAUUAAUGAAGAAACCAGCUCCAUCUCAAGCCCCAUCUUCACCAGUCGCUCCAGUUUCUGCUCCAGUUUCAAAACCAUCACCAAAACCAGCACCAAAACCAGCUGCUCCAACUGCUGCCGCUCCAAAUAAAACUUAUACCCUUGAAGAAUUAAAAAAGAAACCAGCAAACAUUGAUCAUAGUAAUUUAGAAAUUUAUCUUUCCGAUGAAGAAUUUAAAGCUGUAUUCAAUUGUGAACGUUCUGAAUUAGCUGCUAUGCCAACCUGGAAGAGAAAUAAUAUAAAAACUAAACUUGGUUUAUUCUAA